GGAAUUAUUGCAGCCUAACUAACUUUUCCAUCUUUCUCUCUUCAGGCUAAAACUGGUGCAUCAUGCUGAUGUAUGGAAUUUUCAGUCUGAAACUACGAGUGCUGGUACAGUGAGCAUUUACGAUCUUUUGACCUGAUAUCAGACAACUUCUCUGUGCAUCAGCCUUCAGAACUCAAUGACACAGACAAGUCAAAACUUCAUAUUUCAUCUACAUAUAUCCACAGAGGUUGUGAGGAAGAUGACGUUAUCUUCACGUCCAGAAUCUGUAGAUAAGCUAAAAAGAAUGAUAAAAGAAAGGUUUAAAGUAGACUUUGACUUUAGCCUUUUAUACCAAGAUCCAGACUUUGACGGCCAGCUAUGUUCCCUUGUAGACAUUGAGGAACUUCCACAAAAGGCUGUACUAAAAGUUGUACAACCUGAGAGUGAUGCGAGUUCAGUAGCAACAGAUGACACAAUAAUAUUGUCCCAUGCCAUGACUCCAGACAGGGCUGAGGGAUGGCCUCAGGUUUUUCCAGUGCCCACAUUUUCUUAUGAGGUAGAAUUCAUACUUGAGGAGGGAAAUGUUACAUAUGAGAGAACAGGGAAGACUGUCAAGUUAUCUAGGGGACAAAAGCAUGACAUCCUUGAGACCCUUGCAGGCAAAAUGCAUAGCUUCAAAGCAUACCCCAAUGAUAAGGAAGUGUCAAUGGUAGCAGAAGCUCUUGUCAUAAAGCAUCCUUGUCUAAAAGAGCCAGGAUCUCGGACAGGAUGGUACGGUUGGAAAAAUAGUCUCAAGUUUAAAAUGGGCAACUAUCGCAGUAAGUUGAGUCGGGCUGGAUUUUAUGAGGUAGCAGUAAAUUCUGGGAAGAGGAGUAGAAACAAUCAAGACAAACAAGCUCCUCACACGAACAUCAAAAGACCCAAGAGGGCAGAAGCAAAUUUCCUCCCUAAUUUCCCAAGAGGGGAAGAUACCAGAAGCCUUGAACAACUGAGACUGCAAAUUUUAGAGGAAGCUAAAAAGAGUGACAAAAAUCUUGUCCUGAUUGCCAAGUUAAUGCAGACCACCUUUGCCCUGCGACGUAAAGAGGUGAUUAGUGAAGACCUACCUGUUGGUGAUGUGCUGGAACGCUGGCCUGCCCUUAAAAUAGAGUCCCAGAUCUGUGCAGAGUUUCACAGAAUUACAAACAUCAACCUGAAGAACCAGUUCUAUGCUGUGUUGGACCAACAUGCCCCCCGUCUUCUGAGUUUAUUUAGGAUAAAAGCAGGUCGCACAGGGAAAGUGUAGAAAGUUCUGGAUCAGCUCUUCAGGAUAUAUGAUCUCCAGGAACAGGUUGACAUUCAAGUCAGACGUGCUGCUGUCCUCCGUGCUCUUCCAGCCUAUCUGCAUGAGGAUGACUCCAGCUUUCUGAAGACAUGGAAUGUGACACAGUCUGAUGAACCAGACAUCGAUGACAUACCAGUUGGAAUCCUCUCAAUCAGUGCCAGUUCAACAGAUUCUACGUUCUUCUGCCCUGAGCGGAUUGCGGUUGUGCUGGAGGCUAACAAAAUUAUCGAAUUCCACACAUUGGCGGAUGCAUUUGUCAUGCUUUUUGCACUUAUAUAUGCUCUGCAUCUAAGUUACCCAAAAGAGUUGGCCAACACGUUUGACUUCACUCAGAAAGUCUUGAUGGGUCUGGAGGAUGGGAAGUUGAGGCCCAGAGUGUUGAGUCUUAAAAAUGACCUUUUCAGGGUGGAUUAAAUCUUAGUGUAUGAAAAUGUACAAAGUUACUCAUUGUUAAUUUGCACUUUUGGCACUUUGAAUGUGUCAUUGUUGAAGUGGAGUGAUGGUCAUUUGUGCUAUAUAGACACUUUGUCGUUACACAUUAUUUACUGUGAUAAAAAAAAAACUUAAGUUGUAAAAGUGACAUUGGCAGUGAAGGAAAUCUUAAUAUAUGAAAAGUUUAAAAAGUAAACACUUAAUUUGCAUGUGCACUUGUUAUAAAGCGAUGAAUAGAGUAAAAAAUCUUACAUGUGCUUUAAAAAAUGUAUAUGUUAAACUGUAAAUGUUAAAUGUAUAUGUUAAAUUGGUGUUUUUGCACUGUAUAGAUGCAGUACACAGUAUGACCAACACUUUGCACUACUUGUUUUGCAGUUUUUUUUUUUUUAUCUACGUGGUCAUUAUGUUAAUCGGAAAGACCAUCAUGUCUGCUGUGGUCAUUCAUUGUGCAUAUGGCAAUAUAAUUUGUUUGUUUAGCAUCAAUAUGUUGCCUUUGUAAGGGAGAAGCAAACCAGUUCUUAGUGUUUAAAGUGCUAAUAAUCAUAAUACUGUGACAGGAUUUUAUUUAUAUUGUCCACUUCUAGAAUUGAUAAUUCUGUUUUCUCAGGCCAUUUUCUCAAGGCUGUUGUUUCUGAAGAAUGUAUUUCCAAACCGUUUUUUACAGUUGAUGUUUGGUUAAUGUUUUUAUGGUAACUUAAUAAAAGUUAAGUUACAUUUAAA